UCAUUCCAGUGCAAGCCCUCCCCAGCAGCACCAUGGGAGACUACUUCGUGGCAUAUCUGCCCCGUCUGCCCGCGGGCAGCACUGCCCAGGCACACGUCAUCAGCCCGUUCAUCGAGUGCACUAAGGUGACCCAGACGGUGACCUACGUCAGCCCAGCUAACGUCACCACACAACGUGUCAUUCAGACGUGGGCCGCCAUCUUUGACAUUCCUGUGGAUGUCAUCCCAACACAAACGGGAAUAUCCGGAGCCUUCGUGUACCGAGGAAACGGGAAGUUCAGUUUGGAUGUUUACAUUGACGUCAAAGGUCAGCAGGUCACGGCCUAUAUUCCUGUUGUACCGGUGGAGGGGUUUGGUCGGCGCUACUUGGUUCACACCUUCAAGCAAGAGAAGCGUCCAUGUCACAAGGUACGGGGCAAAUCGCCGGAGUACCGGCGGAUGCGUCUGUUGCAGUUUUACCGCUGA